AUGUCUAAUGUGUCCAGUAAUCAGUCGGUUGUUCGUGACGGGUUGGAUUACGGGGAAGUAUAUCCGUCCGGUCAUAAAAAACAAGAUAGUCCUGGUGAUGAUAGGAGUCCGUCCUCCUCCUCCUCGUCCUUAACAUAUGAGGAUACGGAGGUGGUUGAACAAGACGAGGGCUUUGAUGACGGUGAGGAACAGAUUGUUAGAUCCGUCGUCGGUGCUGAUGGGCUCAGGGAGUUCGUCAUGCUACUAGAGUGGACGAUGAAUUACUUCUCGUCUGUUAUCAAAGAAAAGCACUUCAAAACAUUUAGGGAUAACUAUCAAAUUCCAGAUAAUAUUUCCAUCCGUCUACCCCAUAAAUCAGAGAGAUGUUAUUAUGAAGGGGUAGAGGGUGUCGGGGUAUAUGAGCAUAUGUUGAAGGCCGGACUCAGGUUCCCAUUGAGUUCGCUUCACCGUGAGCUCCUCCGAUAUUUGGGAUUAUCCAUGAACCAGAUUUCCCCUAAUGCCUGGAGGGUCUUCAUAGCAAUGGAGAUUCUGUACGGCGUAAUGUCCGACGGCGCCAAGAGGCUGACGGUUAGGGAGUUCCUUCAUUGCUACCGUCCAGAGGAAAUUGAUAGGUCUAGGGGAAUAUAUAGCUUUGUCCCCAGGAGUUCACUAUUGAAGGUCAUCUAUAACACGCCGGACUCAAAUAGGGAUUGGAAGAGCCGUUACUUCUUCCUAAAGGGUGACAGUUGGAUGUGUCGUCCAAGGGACACGGAUUACAUGCCCGUCGACACCACUUGGGGCAUAUUACACCCGUCUAGUAUGGACCGUCCUAAAAAUUUAAAUUUAUUUCAUUAUGUAUGUUUUAAAACAAUUUAACCGUCCUUCCUCCUUUGCAGUUAGACGACGCCCCCAAGUCGACAUUAAGGAGUUCGCCUUCCUUGAAAAAAUCUUCUCAAAGACCUAGCCGGAGGAAAGGACUUGGGCGAAGUUGGUGUCACUUAAGACCAUUCAUUGGUAUUGUGACGGACCAGAACCAACACCAGCUGCCGUCAAGUACGAGGAACAGAUUAGAAGGCGUAAGUCCGUCACCCUAUUCUUGAUAAGUUACGUAUCUUAUUUUGAUAACUAAUAUUCCCGUCCACGUUUCAGAAAUGGACGACGCCAAGAGGAGAGCUUUGAUUAGAUCCAAAGCCGCAAAGAAGACCGGCGAUGUUGCUCCCCCUAUGAUGGGCCCAAGCAAUCCGUUCGUCAAGAGGAAAACGCAGCCCAAAGGGGAUCGUCAGGCCAAGAAGGCCAAAGUGUCCUUGGAACCCGUCGUGGGACUUAUGGCGGAGCCUCCGAAGACGGCCACUCCAAUCAAGCACAGGGUCGGCAAGGGCCUCAUGAAGGGGUCGUCGAAGGAUCAAGAGAAGCCGCCCGUCCUUCUUCGGGAGGAUUCUAAGCAUGCCUUAGAAUAGAUUUCCUCCAUCAUGUCGGCGGAGGAUUAUGAAGACCUAGGCAACCAUUCGACGGAGGCCAUGGGUGAGACGGGCCUUUUUGCUAUUACACAAGCAAUGGUCAUGAUGAAGGGGCUGAUGGGACAGUGCCUCAGCCAUGAGACGGCCCUGGAUCGUGUACGGGCGAAAGCGGAGCAGACGGAGGACGAGCUUAAUCAGUUGCGAAAUUGGAAACCCAAGAUGGAGAGGAAGCUUGAACUUUCAGAGAAGGUAAGGAAAAGUCUUGAACAGGUGACGGAAGAGGCAAAGAAGACUCUUGAGAGCAAGGUCAAGGAGAUAGAAGAACUGAAAAAUGAAGUCCGUCAGGCUAAGGACGUCGCGGUUCGUGAGUACCGUGACUCCGACGCCCUGAUUACUGAACUAGGUGACUCCUUCCAUCAAGGUUUCGUGGAUGCCAUCCGUCAGGUCAAGCAAGCUUAUCCGGAUUUGGACGUUUCAAAGUUCAAGGUCGAAGACCCAGCUCUGACAUCCGUCAUACCUGCUGCUUCAGAGGAUACAGAUGACCUCUUUGCUGAUGAUGAUGCCCUUGGUGACGGGGAGUCAGCACCAACAAAAGUUGCACAAGCUCAGCCUGAUACGGAAAUGGUCCCUCAAUUUGUCGUUAAUGAGGACAAAGUUUAGUAGCUAGAUUUUUUUAUUUAUUUUUUAUUAUUUUUAUUUUUUUUAUGUACUUGGAGAACAAUUUUCAUCCAUUGCUGAUGAUAUGUAAACAUUGCCUUUUAAGGGUCUAUUUUUUGUCGAAUGCAUCCGUUCACUCCAUUUUAUAUGCUGAAUGUUUUAAUUUUUUGAA